CUGCAAAUCGUCUCCGCCUUCAGCGCAUAUCACAUACCACCAUGUACGCAUCGAGCCAGAGUCCAACAGCUGGUUCUCCUGCCUACAAACAAGGCCAAAAACAGGCCGAAUAUAACGAAACCUACUAUCAUUAUCUCUGCGCUGCCAUCCAAUCGAAAUAUCACAUGCUAGACGGCAUCAUCGUCAAUUCCCCUGCCGCUCUUUUCCCCCGUCAAGGGCUCUCAUUCGCACUCUACACCGCACAUCGUCUUAAAGACGUCGAAGGUAUCAAGCUUCAUCCACGCCCCGAUGGAACCGUCCAUCCUGGUGAUAUCAAGGUGUAUCAGGAUUUGUUCAAGCGAGAUUGGAAGCAUGUCCAGGGAGGGAUACUUUACACGAUCGGCUCGGAUGAGAGAGGGUUUUGGAAUUGCAUUUUGAAUUAUGCUAGUAUCGCGGGGACUACGGGGAAUAGGCAGUGGGACGCGUUAUUUGCGAGGCUGAAGAAGAAUGGGUAUCGGAAGGACUCGAUUCCCUGCGCGUUCUUCAACAAGGAGUCCGGCUGCCUCGACGCGUCAUGUCCUUUCGCGCACAAUAAAGAAGAAGCAGACCGCCUUCGCAGGCGCGUUCUUAACCGUCGCCGCAAAACCAUGACCAAACCGACGCUGAAACAACGCAUGCAAUAUCUUCGUGCCAAACGUAAUUGGUCUGGUAAUAAUGCUCCUUCCGACUUGUUUCCGGAUGACGACGACGAAGAGGAAGAGGGAGAGAUUACCGAAGGAGCGUUAGCAUAUCUGGGACCGGAAGAAGACGAUGACGAAGACGACGAGACGCUUGUGCCGAACCCGCUCUACGAUCCGGAGACGAAGAGGUUCUGCUUCAAUCCGGCGUGUAACUUGGCUUGGUUGAAGGAUGAUGAAGGCAAGACAUUGCAUCGUUGCGGGAAAUGCAAGUGGGCAUUCUAUUGCUCGCGAGAAUGCCAGACCGCCGAUUGGAAACGGCAUAAGAAGGAGCCUUGCGCGCCGUUGGAAGAAAUCGUCGAAAACGAUGACCUUUGGGAAGUUGAUAUUCGCAAGGGGACAGGGGCGUGGGGCCAGUGAUCUGUCGCGACUUUCCGGAUACUUGGGCCUUCAGAUAUUUUUGGGGGCAUCUUUCUUAUUGUGCUUGUAUUUUGUUUCCCAUUUCCGGCUUUGGUCUGGAUCGGUAUUGUGUUCAUAGACGGAAGUUUUGAAAGCCGUCGUGUUGAACGUAACAAGGUGUAUCAUUGUG